AUGGCGGCGGCGGCCGCCAGCACGGCCGCUUGCAGCGGCAGCGGCAGCGCCGGCACCGACGCCGCGGGCUCCGGCGGAUUGCAGCCGCAGCCGCAGCCGCAGCCCCAGCCCGCGGCCGCAGCGCCGCCGCCGCCCGAGCCCCCCCGGAAGCCGCGCGUGGACCCGCGGCGGCGCCAGGCUGCGCUCUCCUUCCUCACCAACAUCUCUCUGGACGGACGGCCGCCGCUGCAGGACGAGGGGUGGCGCGGCGGCGACGAGGGCGGCGCGGCCAAGCCGGGCGCCGGCAGCGCCUGCGGCGCGAGGACUCGGCUCAGCCUGCUGGUGGCUGCGGCCGAGAGAGGCGGCUGCGGCGCCCUCCCAGCGCCGGGCACGGCCGCCGGCCCCUGCUCCCCGCAGCCGUCGCUGCUGCCGCCCCUGGCCCCGGGCGGCCACGCCGCCGUGCCCGGCCCAGGCGCGGCGCGGGGAAUCGCGAGCGCCCUGGGCGCGGGCCGCGCGUCGGGGGAGCUGUCGCAGCUGCCGCGGCCCGCGCCUCUGGCCGCCUGUGCUUCGCCGCAGCCGCCCGACGGGCCCGGGGACCCCGGGCAGGAGGAGCUGGAGGAGGACGAUGCCUUUACCAGCGUGCAGGUGCCGGCGGCAGCCUUUUUGGGCGCCGGGACCCCCGGAAGCGCGAGCGGCAGUCGGGGUCGCCUCAACUCGUUCACUCAGGGAAUCCUGCCCAUGGCCUUCUCCAGGCAGACCUCACAGACCUACUGCUCCCUGGAGCAGCCCGGCCAGGGCAGCAGCACCAGCGCUUUGGAGCAGCUGCAGAGGUCCCGCCGUCGCCUCAUCUCCCAGCGAUCGUCCUUGGAGACCCUGGAGGAUAUUGAGGAGAACGCCCCUCUCCGGAGAUGUCGAACUCUCUCAGGUUCACCCAGACCAAAGAAUUUUAAGAAGAUUCAUUUUAUCAAGAACAUGCGGCAGCACGAUACCAGGAAUGGCAGAAUAGUCCUUAUCAGUGGCAGAAGAUCCUUGUGUAGUAUAUUUUCCGUGCUGCCGUAUCGCGACAGUACCCAGGUCGGGGACUUGAAGCUGGAUGGAGGGAAGCCAUCAGCAGGUGCCAUGAGCUUGAAAGAGAUCAUUGGUCUUGAAGGUGUGGAGCUGGGUGCUGAUGGGAAGACUGUUUCUUAUACCCAAUUUCUGUUACCCACAAAUGCCUUCGGGGCCCGGAGAAAUACCAUAGACUCCGCCUCCUCCUUCUCCCAGUUCCGUAACCUGAGCCACCGCAGCCUCUCCCUAGGCCGGGCAAGCAGCACCCAGGGGAGCCUCGACACAGGUAGUGACCUGGGAGACUUUAUGGACUAUGACCCAAAUCUCUUGGAUGACCCCCAGUGGCCUUGUGGCAAGCACAAGCGAGUUCUGAUCUUUCCUUCGUACAUGACCACAGUCAUCGACUACGUGAAGCCCUCAGAUCUUAAAAAGGACAUGAACGAGACCUUCAAGGAGAAGUUUCCGCACAUUAAGCUGACGCUCAGCAAGAUAAGGAGUCUGAAGCGUGAGAUGCGGAAGCUUGCCCAGGAGGACUGCGGCUUCGAGGAGCCCACGGUGGCCAUGGCCUUUGUCUACUUUGAGAAGCUCGCCCUCAGGGGGAAGUUGAACAAGCAAAACCGGAAGCUGUGCGCAGGAGCCUGUGUGCUGUUAGCCGCCAAGAUUGGGAGUGACCUCAAAAAACAUGAAGUCAAGCAUUUGAUUGACAAACUGGAAGAGAAAUUCCGGCUGAAUAGGCGGGAGCUGAUUGCCUUUGAAUUCCCGGUGUUAGUGGCCUUGGAAUUUGCACUUCACUUGCCAGAGCACGAGGUCAUGCCACACUACAGACGCUUGAUCCAGAGCCCCUAGCACAGGCCCAGGGAGGGCCGGGGACGGUUGCCCCUGAGCUCCGUGGAGCUGCCCUUACUACUGGAAAUGCAAAAAAAAUGGAACCCACAGUACCAACCUGCUUCCUCUCGACAUGUUUGCACGGAGAAGCAGAACCGGAAACUGUCCAGGGAGACUGCCAUCUGGCUGGCCCAGAGGAGCCGCGCACUGCUCACUACCCAGAGCAGAGGAAGAGGUCUGUGCUGGGGACAGCAGAGGCCCAGCCAGGUGUUACCUGGGCAGGCACACGUACACACACACAUCUUGAGAGUGGUCGGGGGCUUCUCUCCAGACUGUUCCAACAUGGAGUGGAUCGGGAAGAAUCUGCAGGACUGGGGAAGCUUUGAAAAAGAGACCCUCCCUGAGUAAAAAAACGGUGCCAAGCUAUCUUUGUAUCAGCCGUCGGAAGCGCACUUUCCGCAGGGCGUGUGGAGUCCGAGAGAAGCUGCAGCAGGCCACUCGCUCAGAGCCAGCCCCGCCCUUCAGAGGCCAGGCUGACCCUCAGCGGUCAUUGCUAGACGAUUUCUGGAGAAUCGGCGCUCGGUACCAGAUUUCCCACAUCCUCGGCCCUCAGAAAAUGACACUGUUUACUGCUCCUACCACCAAUGGGACAGAGACACCUGCUGGGUGUGGGGCGUGGCACCCGCACGCGCUCUGCCGUGCUCCGUGGGGUGGGGUGGGUUCCUGUGCUCUAUGUUAGAGUGCAUAAGAAGCACAUUUCUUGUGCUACAUAUCUGCAUAUAUAAAUAGAGAAGAGUGUUUUAUAAAAGUCACGUGCAUGACAGGGCUCUGAGGCUCUUGCCAGCGGGGACAAACACUUCGAACUGAGGUUGGGUUGACGACGAAGGCAGCGACUCUGGUCAUUUCCACGCGCACAGGGCUGUGCUUUCUCUUGAACCGACACUUUCUGGGAUGACCCGUCCUGAGGCCCACAGCGCAUCAGCACCUCGUAGGCACAACACAGAGGUGCCAGCUGGGGUUGCCUUUCUGAAGAAAGCCUGUGGCUAUGUAAAAAGAAUUAAAACCUUUCCUUGUUUUCUA